AUGCGCCCUCCCCCCUCCCCGCCCUCCUCCGGGGAGGCUCCGCCCCUCCGGCCGGGUCGCCGGCCAAUAGCGGCGGCUGCUUUCGCAGUGUUUUGGGCACGUGGGAGGCCGGGUGUUGUGGUUGCGGUGGCGGCCCCGCCCGGGCGGGCUCUUAUCGCUCAGGUUGCCGGGCCCGCCCGCGUCGCUCUCCCCCGUCCUGCCGCCCCCGGGCUCAGCGGCGCGGGUGCUGUCCGCGCGGGCCAUGCCGCUGGUGCGCUACCGGAAGGUGGUGAUCCUGGGGUACCGCUCCGUGGGUAAAACUUCCCUGGCUCAUCAGUUCGUUGACGGGGAAUUCCUGGAGUGCUAUGACCCUACAGUGGAAAGCACCUACAACAAAAUGCUGAUGGUGGGAAAGGAUGAAUUUCACCUCCAGCUAGUGGAUACUGCAGGGCAGGACGAGUACACCAUCCUGCCCCCCUCCUUCAGCAUCGGGAUCCACGGAUACCUGCUGGUCUAUUCGGUCACCUCGCUCAGAAGCUUCCAGGUGGUUAAGACCCUUCACAACAGGCUGUACGAAAGCAGAGGGAAAACCCGGAUGCCGGUGGUGCUGGUCGGGAACAAGGCCGAUCUCUCCUUGGAGAGCCGGGAGGUGAAGACGGACGAGGGCAAGAAGCUGGCGGAUACCUGGGGGGCCGUGUUCCUGGAGUCGUCGGCCAAAGAGAACCAGAUGACCCGGGGAAUCUUCACCAAGAUCAUAGAGGAGAUCGACCGGGUGGACAACUCCUACGGCACCGAGCGCAGCUGCCUCCUGAUGUGAGCGCUGUGGCCUCGAGCUUCCUCGCCGGAGGCGGGGCGGGGAGGGUGGCCACCUCCCCGCCUCUACCUAGAAGUUUCCUUGCAGCCCCGGGACUGGUGGAGUCCAGGGCUAGACACCACCAGAGGCACCUGGCCUGGCGUUGUUACGGGUAACCCACAACCACACUGUACCUCACUGCCUGGCCCCGCCGGGGCUCCCCGGGGGGCAGGGCCUGCGUUUGCACAUUCCCAGGCUGGAAGCAAUCUGUGUGUAUCGGGCACUCUGCGUUUAUAGAAGGGGCUCUUCUUACCGAAUGUAUUUAUGUUUUUUGGGGUGGGGUGGGGGGCUUUGGAUAUUUAUAGCCGAUGUCUAAGCCUGCACCCAUAUGUUUACGGCCGUCUCUGCCCCGGCCCCCAGCAUGGGCUCAGUUCCCCUUGGCUGGGCCUCUGGGGCAGACUGGGGGCUCCCUUUUUUUUCUACCGCUGCUGGAACUGGAAUUAGUUUUCCAGCCCUUCCAAGACCUGGUCUGGUCUCGGUUCGGCUGCCACCAGCCACAGCCGAAUUCUGAUCUGGCCAGGGUUCCACCCACCCUCCUGCCUCGCCAUCUGUUGCCUUAGUUCUCCUUAAAACCAAGAAACUGUUGUGAAUUUCAGGCCUCAAAGGGGAUGUUAAUGUGGAUUCUUUUCUGGUGGGGGAGUUUCUUCCCCAAGCCCUGUUGGAAGGGCAGCACUCAUGGGUGGGAGCUGGGGGUGGGGGUGGCUGGAUCAAUUAAACUUUGUUUUGUAUGCAAAAUGAAUUUCCUGGAGUCUUUGUGCUCAAGGUCUGAGAGAGAGAAUGGGGGGCAUGGGGAGCAUCCGCCGAAGCUGGGCAGCACUCUGAGACCAGGGUGCUGUAUAUUAAAACCUUAGAGUAGUCGGGGGAGGGGGAAUAAUUGGUGGUGUGCGUCACCCACCAUCUCAGAGCCCCUGCAAAAAAGAUCAGCAACGAAAUGGUGUUAUCAUUAGGUUUCCGAGUCAACGUUCACUGGGCCUGGAUUAACACUCUGGAUUAACAUAGUCCUGUCAAAAAGAAAAGGAGUACUUGUGGCCCCUUAGAGACUAACCAAUUUAUUUGAGCAUAAGCUUUCGUGAGCUACAGCUCACUUCAUCGGAUGCUGUAGCUCAGGAAAGCUUAUGCUCAAAUAAAUUGGUUAGUCUCUAAGGGGCCACAAGUCCUCCUUUUCUUUUUGCGAAUACAGACUAACACGGCUGCUACUCUGAAAAUAGUCCUGUCAGCGGAUCUUACAGUGCUUUGGAAGAACUGAGCCAGCCCUUGGAGGGGUAGGUCAGAAUUAUUUCUGGUUUGGGGGAAAAUGAGUUAGAAGGAGUAAGUGACCUGCUUGGGAACACGCUGCCUAGAUUCAACCCAGGUGUCCUGGUGCCCCUCCUCUGCCUCAGCUUGUCUGAAGAAUGAAGGGAAGGCUUGGUUCUCCCCGAUUCACGCUGUUGAGUCACUGAGCCCCCAGGGCUGGGACAAGCCGCAAAGGAGCAGGCAGAGCCUUUGCUGUGGGGGGCACCUCGUCUCUGCACUGCUAAAGAGGGGCUGGGCAGCGACACCAUCUCUGGGUCUCACAGGAUUGGCCCCGUUCGGCCUGGCUGCUUUUUGCUGCGACUCCUUGUGAGCGGGGCUGGAGGGUCUCUGGCUCCGUGGGUUGCGGCCGCUAGUGUAGACAGUGCCCUGCUGGCUGCACAGGAACCUCCCCCCUUCUAGUGUGGUGCGCUGGGGGGUCUGGCGAAGGCGGUGGGGGAAGGGGAACAGGAACUAGGAAAUAAAGGUUCAA